CAGAAGCCCCCAUAGUUUUCGUUGUUGGAUACUUCUGAUCGAUGGAUUCUUCGAGCAGGAGCAAGAAAAGUGCUAUAGGAGUUUCCUAUCCAAGCUUCUACAAGGCUGUUGUCGAUGAGGCUCUUAAAAAAAGGUCUGACGGGAUGCUUGAAAUUGAAGAUUAUGUUGCAAGGAAGUAUGCAGAUUUCCUGGAACGCUCAAUAGUCCUUACUGAUCCGAAUGGAAAUACGUGGACAAUGGAACUCAAAUGGAGCAAAGGCAGUGUUUGGUUGAAAAAGGGAUGGUUAAAAUUUGCCAACUUUUAUUCCCUAGAACAAGGAUGCUUCAUAUUUUUUACCCACAAAGGUGACCAAUCAGGUUUUCAAGCACGUAUUUUCAAUAAGAAGAAUGUGGAGAUAGAGUAUCCAUUCAAAUCAAGGCAUUGUGAGAUUUCCAAGUCAAGUAGAGGUAAUCAUAUGAUUAAAGUAAACUUUCGAGUUUGUGUAUUGUAUCAGGGGCUAUGA